AUGCACAACGGGAAGAUCUAGUCCUUUUCUCUCAUCAGCACUCCUGACGCUGUACAGUCAAAGCUGUUUCCAGGGAUUACGCUGUGCAUGCUCUUCUGCUUAGUAACAACCCAUUUCCUCAGCCAAGAGAUACUUAUUUGUGCACCUUUCUUUAAGUGGCUGCUUUCCAGAGAGAGAACAGGUAUUGUCUCACUUGCUGUUGGCGAACGUGUCUGUUUAUCAAGGAAUGUAGCGGAGCAUUUCCUUCUUGUGUACUUUUGCCAUAAUACAUGCAGCAAUGGCAAGGAGUUGCUCUGGAUGCAAAGAGAAGAGGCCUGCGCACAGCUUGUGUACGAACUGUAACAAGUGGCUGUGCAGCUUGUGUACAGAAGAACAUGAGCACAGCAAGGACGCAGGAGAGCAUUUCCUACCUAUACCACUGAAGGCAUGUUCAGGGGCAGAAGUGGGAGCGAGUGAAUUUCCUUUGUUUUGUCCAGUGCACAGUCAAGAGACACUUAAAAUGUUUUGUGAGACCUGCGAUGCUCUUACUUGCCACUGCUGCCUUUUGGCAGAGCACAAGGAACACAGGUUCAGGCAUCUUCAGGAAGCUUUGCAAAAUCAGAGAGUUAUCCUGGAAACUGUAACCACUAAAGUGGAAGAGAAGAAAAGUGGAGUGCAGGUCUCAGCCAAACAGAUAGAAGACAGAUUGUUUGAAGUAAAACACCUGCAAAGAAAAGUGGAAAAUCAGAUCAAAAUGGCCAAGAUGGUUCUGAUGAAUGAAAUAAAUAAGCGAGCAAAUGUUCUCCUUGAACAGCUAGAGAGAAUCACCAGUGAAAGGAAGCAGAAACUGGAACAACAGCUUCAGGGCAUCGUGGUGUUAAACAGGCAAUUUGAACACGUGCAGAACUUUCUCAGCUGGGCAGUGUGCAGUAAAAACAGUGUUCCAUUCCUCUUCAGUAAAGAACUGAUUGUGUUUCAGAUUCAACGUUUGCUAGAAACAAACUAUACUACAGAUGUGGGUCCUCCUUGGAAGAUCAGAUUCACAUGGGACCCAUCUUUCUGGACCAAACAGCUCUCCAAUUUAGGCCACCUGUCAAUGGAGGGGGGACAAAUCCUUCACUCAGAUGUACCUGCCUAUGGAAGCAUGCAAGGAAUGCAGCCUGCUUUAUAUCAUCAUCAUCAUGGACACCACUCGCCAGCUCCACAGCAUGACCCUCUCAGUCAUCAGGGACACCAGUUUCAGCCUCCUGUUCAUUGUGCUACCCAGGUGUGUUGCACCCAUUGUCUUAAUAUCCCACACAUGAAUAAAGGGCAAUUUCCUCAUCAAACCAUGAGCCACCCUCAGACUUUCCGACAGCCUCCCGAAGUGCAGCAUCAUCAGCAUCAGCAGCAUUUCCCUCCUCAGUAUAGUCUGCAGCAGCAUGAAAGAGAGCAGAGGUGUGCCUCGCGGCCCUUGAAAACCAUGCAGCCUGGCUUAGAACAGAAAUCUCACCAGGAGCAUGACAAUGUCUCCGCCAGGGUGGGGCAGCAUUCCCAAGAGCAACUGAUACACCAGGCUACACACCCUGUUUAUCCUCUUCCACCUCAGGAUGACCAGCCAGAUCAGGCUGGCCAUUCCCAACAGCUGCCUGUACAAGCUGCUCUGCAAACUCCAACAGUGCAAGUUCAGCUUGGCCCUCUCCAGAAGCUCAAGCUGAAUCACGGGCAGCAGACACAGCCGCAGGAGCAGCCGCCACCACCGCUGCCACUGUCGCCACCGCAGCCCUCGGCAACGGGCCCGAACGAGAAGGCUCACGAGCAAGUAAUCCAGCAGAGUCUCGACAUCAUGCACCACCAGUUUGAACUGGAGGAGAUGAAGAAAGAUUUGGAGCUGCUCCUGCAGGCUCAGCAACCGAGCCUGCAGCUGAAUCAGACCAAACAGCCUCAGCAUGUUCAGCAAACCAUUGUUGGACAGAUAAACUACAUUGUGAGGCAGCCGGCUCCGGUUCAGCAGCAAAGCCAGGAGGAAGCACAACAAGUCGGCGAAGAUUCCAUGGAACCAGAAGGUCAAAAAGCAGUGCUCCCUCUUGAUAAAAAUGUGAUUCCACCUAUACCACAGCCAUUAGAAGAAACUAAUGUCAGUAUUCACUCCCCAGAGAGUACUUUGAAUCCAGUCAGAAAGAGGUCAGCUUCACUGAACAUUGUGGGCUUUUCAAAUGCUUUAGAAAUGGAGUUGUCUGCAACAAGGGCAUUCAGGACAGCUGAUUCUCAGGCACAGGAGGUCUCCCCUGCAGUGCCUGGCCAGUCCCAGAGUAUGCCAAAUCCCUCUGAUGUGCAGCCGGAAGCUGUGCCUGGUUACAGCUUAGUUUUGGACAGAACAACAAAUGACCUGUGUUCUGACACUAUCAACCACUUAACAACAGGUGGCAUGCCCCUGGUGAGCGCAGUGUGCAAGCUGGAAACUGAAGAGUUCAAUCCUGUGAGUUACCCUCUUGGAAGAGAGUCUACUGCUACUGAGUCAAAAGACAUGAAUGAAUUAAGUCUUCCUAUGCAAAAUAUUCUGGAAGAGCCGAUUAAUCUUUCGGUGAAGAAGACGCAGCCACGUGCUUCACCUCCCACACAUACCAGCAGUGCUUCUUGCAUUCAGUCAGCUAAUCCAAAGCAACCAAGACGUACAGAAGGCUCUGUACUGGAAGACUGGAAAGUAGCCAAUGUAACACCAAUUUUCAAAAAGGGAUCCAGGGGCGAUCCAGGAAAUUACAGGCCGGUUAGCUUAACGUCUGUUCCGGACAAAUUGAUGGAAAACAUCCUCAAGGAUAAAAUUGUAAAGCACAUAGAAGAACAGGACCUGCUGGGAGAGAAGCAGCAUGGCUUCUGCAAAGACUGCCAUAACUGUGAGGAGGAACAUUUUGAAAUGGAAAUUAAAACGAAUCAGAACAACAGUUUUAGACCUUGUGCCAAAGAGGUGAAGGUUCCUUAUGUGCGACUGGAACGACUAAAAAUAUGCACAACAGAAUCUGGAGAACUUCCAGUGUUCAAACUGCAGCCACAGAAGAGUGAACAUGAUGGGACUUUCCUGCUGAUAAUUGAAUGUGGUGCCCAGACUUCAAGCAUGGCUAUUAAGGUCAAUCAAGGAAAUCCACCUGAAAGGCUGUAUCCCAAGCCUGAGAACCCAGAAGACAGACGAAUCCUCACAGGCCAACCAACUGAGCAAGUGUUGCUUCCUUCUGUCGAUCACAGGCUCAGUAACAGUAUGAAAAAGUCAGUUCUUUCCCAGGAAGACAAUCCUAUUGAGAAUGAGGACUUCUGUGCUGUUUGUCUGAAUGGAGGAGAGUUAUUGUGCUGUGAUUACUGCCCAAAAGUCUUUCAUCUCUCAUGCCAUGUUCCUGCCCUGCUCAGCUUUCCUGUGGGUGAAUGGGUGUGCACGCUUUGCCGCAACAUGGAGAAGCCAGAGGUAGAAUAUGACUGUGAAAACACACGCUUCAGCUACAGUAACACACUAAUGCCAGCAAGAGCACUUUAUGGCCUUGAUGACUAUGACCAGAAGAAGUGUGAGAAAUUGGUACUCUCCCUGCUCUGCAAUAGCCUGAGCCUUCCGUUCCAUGAGCCGGUCAGCCCCUUGGCUCGCCAUUAUUAUCAGAUUAUCAAAAGGCCAAUGGACUUGUCCAGCAUUCGGAAAAAGCUCCAGAAAAAAGACAAAUUGCACUAUUCCACCUCUGAAGAGCUGGUAGCAGAUGUGCGCCUUAUGUUCUGGAACUGUGCAACGUUCAACUAUCCUGAUUCAGAAGUUGCUGAGGCUGGCCGAUGCCUGGAAAUGUUCUUUGAAAGCAAGCUAAAAGAAGUUUAUCCAGAAAAGCAGUUCUCCUUGGUGCAGCAAGAUGACUCCGAUUCAGAAGAAGUGGAGCAUGAGAACAGCCAUGUGGGUCCCAAAGGAUUCCAGUGGCCAUCGUACAGACAAGAGUGCAUCCAGCCUAAGAGAAGGCGACGGCAUGCUGAAAGUGAAAAAACAAAGAGACCAAUGUUUUGGCCAGCGAAAGGUCUUUCUCAGGUGUAACUUCUGGAGUGCUGCUGGGUGUGCUGUGAGGAACAAAACAUCAACCAUAAUACCCGACUGUCAUAAAAAGUAUAGAAGCGAAACAAAUGGCACUUAGGUGUUUCACCUGAAUGUCUCACAAGUGGUUGACCAACUUUAUAUUUCUUGAUCCUUUUAAAGUUACAUUUGUAAUGUAAUGCAGUUUCAGUGGGGAGUCUCUCAGCUAUCUCUUCUGUCUAAUUUGUGUUUACACUAAUGUUUUGAUCAUAUGCAAUAGUGAUUAAUAAUAAAGAUAGGACAUUUGUUAUGCUCUAACAUUAUUUCAUAAAUUCUCUUCCCUUUAUAGAUCAUAAUUAAACGAGCCAUCUAACAAUCUUGCCAUUUCAGCACCCCAAAUAUAUUCCACAUAUUUAUGCUGGAUUACAGUAACCACUGCACCUGAGAUGGCAGUGUUUGAGUCUAUCCUGUUUUAUAUUGAACAAAAUGAGUUCAAAAUGCAUCUGGGGUGAGGAAUGCAGUUCCUAAUGCAACUCCUAUCUGUGUAAAAUGUAUAUUGCUGCUAACACAAUGUGUCCAGAAAAAACCAAAACCCUGCACUUCACUGAAUGUAGUAGUUGACUAUGGCCUACAAUAAAAUACAAUACGUAGAACUUCUACUCUUUAGUUACAAAAAUAUGCCUUCUACUAUCAUAGCGGCUACAGGGCAAAUGUGUGUGAGAAGCGGACUGACGUGGUCAUUCAGGGAAGGGGAAAAGAUUUGGCUACCCAUCUGACACCAUUCCUUUAUGUUCAGUCCGCAUUUGUCCUUUGCCUUUCUAGGCUGCAGAUGGUGUGUGUGUGUGUGUUUAUGGAGCCAGUCCAAAGGCACAGUCUGCAUGACCAUAGGAAUUAUGCUGGGUUUUUCUGCGGUGCUUCAUUAUUGCACUUUCCGGGCCUUUUUCUCACCUUUCCACCUGAGCAAUAGUGUCAAGUUUAAGCUGUGGGAUGAGACCCAGUGUGGUGUAGUGGUUAGUGUGCUGGACUAGGACCAGGGAGACCCAAGUUCAAAUCCCCAUUCAGCCAUGAUACUAGCUGGGUGACUCUGGGCCAGUCACUUCUCUCUCAGCCGAACCUACUUCACAGGGUUGUUGUGAGAAGAAACUCAAGUACGUAGUACACCGCUCAGGGCUCCUUGGAGGAAGAGCGGGAUAUAAAUGUAAAAAUAAAUAAAUAAAAUAAAAUAAAUGAUUCCAUACAGGCAAGUUGUAGGACUCAUAACUUGAGUUACAGUUAUUUCUGCCUAUAUAAUGCCUCAGGUUCUCAUCCCACAUGUCUUGACUUGAUUAUAUAUUGCAUCGUGAAGCCCCACCCCGCCUCAUCUUCUCCAGUCUGGCAUUCCUUGAGCUCAGUCUCAUUUUCAAUCCCACAUGAAAUAGUUAAAGCAUACCCUGAGUGGGAAUUAGUGUGAUCCCAUUUGGGAUGGGAGAUCUUCUUAUAUUUCCUGGCUUUCAUCUGACUCUUUAAAGUGAGAGUUACUUUACGUCUCCCAAAGGGUAGUGAUUUCCUGGUUAUAUUUACUGUAAAUGAAGAUAACUUUUCAGCACAGUCUAUAUGAAUUUGUUGAAUAUGGUAUAUGGAUGUUGUUAUAGAGAACACAUUAAGUGAGAGUUUAGUAAGACCUGAAUAUUUCUUCCUGUUGUCUAUGUUAAUAUGGUUUGACAAAUACUGUAGAAAAAAUGUUCUCUUUUGCUAUUAUAUAAAAUAAACAAUGCACUGAACAAACAACAUAUGUUAAGUGAAGUUUU